CGUACGUCAAUGACGUGGCGCCGCACGUGCGUGACGUAGGUGAAAAUGCGUGACGCUCGUUCUCUGUUCGUCUGCUGGACGGUAAUGGCGGCGUGCCGGGGAUCAUCGUCCAAAUGGUUUUUUACCCGGGAACAGCUCGAAAACACCCCGUCCCGCCGCUGCGGAGUGGAGCCAGACAGAGAGCUGUCGUAUCGACAGCAAGCCGCGAAUCUUAUUCAGGACAUGGGCCAGAGACUAAAUGUUUCUCAACUCACAAUAAAUACUGCCAUUGUUUACAUGCACAGAUUUUAUAUGUACCACUCUUUCUCCAAAUUCCACAGAAAUACCACCUCCCCAACAGCAUUAUUUCUGGCUGCAAAAGUUGAAGAGCAACCACGGAAACUCGAACAUGUCAUUAAAGUAACUCAUGCGUGUUUAAACCCCCAGGAGCCUCCACUGGAUACAAAGAGUAAUGCAUACCUCCAGCAAGCUCAAGAGCUGGUGAUACUUGAAACCAUAGUGCUGCAGACUUUAGGCUUUGAAAUAACAAUUGAACAUCCACACACUGAUGUGGUGAAAUGUUCCCAGCUAGUGCGAGCAAGCAAGGAUCUGGCACAGACUUCCUAUUUCAUGGCUACCAACAGUCUGCACCUCACCACCUUCUGCUUGCAGUACAAGCCCACAGUCAUUGCCUGCGUCUGCAUUCACCUGGCCUGCAAGUGGUCCAACUGGGAGAUCCCUGUUUCCACCGAUGGAAAGCACUGGUGGGAGUAUGUGGACAACUCAGUUACACUUGAACUUCUUGAUGAACUGACCCACGAGUUUCUGCAAAUAUUAGAGAAGACACCCAGCAGGUUGAAGAGGAUUCGUAACUGGAGGGCUACGCAAGCUGCUAAGAAGCCCAAAUCAGAUGGUCAGGCCUCAGACAGCAGCUCUUUAGCGGGACCUUCAUUAACCCAGGACAUGUCCUUGAUGGAUGCCCUUCCUGGGGUUUCUACAAAUACAGCUUUCUCCAAAGCCUCCACGUCUUUCCCAGUGACCCUGCCAAGCUACUCAAGCAGCAGUCUUUCUCUUGAUUCCAUUGGCAACAUGCAGGGAACUUCAUACACGUACACCGCUCCCAGUGACUGGCCUCAGGACCAAGUACACUCAGACCAGUAUUCUGUCAAACAACUUCCCCCAUACAGUUCUAUGCACCCACACCGGCCUGACAAAUGUGCAGAGUUAAACCCUGCCAAACACGAACAUAAGGCCAGUGGCGGGGCGAAGCACCAGGCCACGACCUAUCCACCACCUGCAGCACCCACACAGAAGAUGUCUCUGGACAAGUACAGGGAGAAACACGCUGGUGAGAUGGCAGUGCAGAAACGCAGGCAAGAGCAGCAGAACGUGGAGACGGAGGUCUAUGGUGCUCCAACACAGACGGAUCACCGGAAACACCUGCCCCAACUGUCUCAUGGGCAGCAGGGAGCAGGAGCCACCACUGCCUCGCCCCUGAAGAUGAAGCUGCCCGUCCCUGGGCAGGACAAGCUCCAGGACAAACGCGAGAAAGGGAGCUCUUUAAAACUGCGUCUUCCGGUUCCCUCCCAGAGCGAAAAGGAGGGAUCAAGUAAGGAGGAGCUAAAAAUGAAAAUAAAGGUGUCCUCUGAGCGACACAGCUCCUCUGACGAGGGUGCUGCAAAAAGCAAACAUUCCAGCCCGCUUGUGAGCAAGGAGAAACACAGAGACCACUCAGCCCAUCGUCACCAUCACAAACAUGGCCACUCACACACGCACACGCAUAGCGGCAACGGCAGGAGCAGCCUUGAGGUACCCGCAUCUGGUUCGGCCCUUCGGAGCCCAGUAGGUUCCAGUGGUGAUGGCACAAGCUCUGCUUCCAGUUCCUCACGUAAGAGGGUGAACCCCGACGCCAGCCACAAUCACCACUCUAAAAAGAACAAAAGCUCCAAAGGCGGUGCAGGUAGUUCCUCUCAUUGUUCCUCUGUUCAGCAGUGUGUGUCAUCUCACAGCUCUGUUCUUAACCUUCCCUUCCCCCCUCCCCCUGUCACAUACCAGGUGGGCUACGGACAUCUCAGCACCCUAGUGAAACUGGACAGGAAACCAGUGGAGAGCCAUGGCCCUGAGGGCUCCUGCCUAGCUAAUGGCCAACACACAGACUACAGAUACUUUUGACAUGCUUGAUUCGCUAUAAAGUGCCCAAGGAAUGGACUCCUGAACUGAUAGGAAAGAGGAUAAAAUAUAAGAGAAAAUCAAGCAUAGAUUUCAUUAUUAGGAAGAGGAAAAAAACAGGAAUGUGAAGAGUAAGAGAAAGAAAAUAAAAAUGCUUCCCGAUCUUCUGGCAGUUCGGUUCAGUCUCGCCAUCUCUGUAUAACUGCUGCUUUCCUCAGUAUUCCUUCACGAGCAGCCUGUAUGUAUGCGUGAGCCAGUAUACGAAUGUCAGGGCCAUUAUAGUUUAAAAAAAAAACUUUUCAUGAUAAAAGCAUAAUGAGUGAUGAAAGUUUUUGCCACAAUGAAAAUUUGUAAGACUGAAAGCACCCUCUAGAAUGACUGACGCUCCUCUCAUUUGUUAAACAAAGUUAGUAGAAAGAAUGCAGAAUCAAGAUUUAAGUUCCAUAGUUCCUUGAAUGUUUCUUUGUUUCCUU